AUGAUGUUCCUAGACCAUUAUAAACCGGCAUACGUGGCCGAUUUGAAACUCUGCGAACAACUCGCCAUGAUAGUCCCUGGGAGCGUCUUGGCGGCAGACAAUGUCAUCUCUCCAGGGAAUCCGCCAUCCCUUAGGUAUGUGCGGACCAGUGUUGAGGAGAAGAGAACGGCGGCAGCAGCAGCCAAUCCGACAUCAUCGCGAGGGUAUGAUCUUGACGGGUUCCCUACUUCCGCGGUCAACCGCUUUGGAAACUCAAGAGGACACGCAUUGGCGUCAGUUGAUAUCUUUGGGAACCCAGAUUUGAUAUAUGAGAGCAGGCUGGUAAAUAGCUUUGAGCCUACCGGAGAACCUGAUGGAGUGGAAAUAACUCGAUGCAUUGGCAUUGACAAGAAUUCCAGCAGCAAACUAUAA